AUGGCAAAACCGUUUAACACUAUCAACGCCCGUGGCUAUCGCGCGCGCAGGGCUGCGAUCACCAGCAACCCGCCUGAGCGCAACCAUCUGAUCACUGGCCUCGACCCGGACGUCCCAGACGUGCAAAUAGAGCAGCUGACCAGCAUAUUCGCGCUAGGUGCCAUUAACGACGCCCCGGCCGCAGUGCGCAGCGGCGACAACGAGACCAAAGCGGCCUAUGUGCGCGAGCAGCUGCAGGCAGUAGGGAUAACCCCCAAGCAGGUGAACAUCGCACCAGGCGGCAAGGCGGCUUACAUCCAGCUGGCCCAAGAUGCGGACGGGGUGGAAAAGGCGAACGACCUUCUCUAUGCCAACACCAUGGUCAUCAUCAAGGACGCCAGAGGCGCAGACAUAGACGCGUGGUGGUUUGUGCGCAAAUCCGUGGGCCUGAACCCGGGCUUUGCGGAGCUCCACGACCUCCAGCUCGUCUCCAACAUCUUUGCACGCAAGAACAGGGCGGAAAAAGAGGUCACACUGACUGAAAUCAUUGCAGCAAACGGCCUGCCGGCGGACCUUGCGCCGCUGCUGCAGAUCACGCGCGUCGCCAGCUACUCCAACUCAGCACCCACCGCGAUCGUCACGGUCGCCAACCUCGACGCGGCGCUCACCCUCGCUGACACUUUUGUCUCCACCGACGAGGCCCGCAAGCCCUUCAAGAUUGGCAACGCAGAGUUUGAGCUCCGCCCCGUCGACUGGCGCCACCCCGACCACGCAGCUGACGCCCCUGAGAGCGAGCGGGCCGCCUCCAAGAUCCCCUUCAUGGUGGCCUUCGCCCUGCCCCCCGGCCGCGCGCGCAAGGACGUCAUAGAGAAGGGCCUGGCCAAGCUUGCGGCCGCCGAGAUCAUGGUCAACACUGAGGCCUCUGUGCGCAUUCUGGGCCACACAAGCGGCCGCCUCCUCCUGGGCAUCCCCUUCAAGACGCACGACGACGUUGAGAAGGUCUUUGCUGCCUAG